AAACAAACAUCUACAAGACUCGAAACACAACGCCUCCUUCGCUAAUUCACAACAAUAAACAGGUCGUAGCAUUUAGAAGCUGAAGCCCGGGGUUUCUGCUUAGGGAAAAGCGCAGGCAGCAAAGAUAGAAGAAGCUGCAAAUAACUUGCUGAACACAGGAAAAUGCAAGGUUCAGUCAUGAUUCUCCCCCUUGUUAUUCUUGUCAUCAUCGGCACAAUUUGGGGCCUUGACAAUGGCCUAGCAAGAACCCCCCCUAUGGGAUGGAUGUCAUGGGAACGGUUUCGAUGUAUUACAGAUUGUGAUACUUACCCAAAACAAAGCAUCAGCGAACAGCUGUACAAGGACAUGGCUGACCAAAUGGUGUUGGAAGGUUUUGCCGCUGCUGGUUAUGAGUACGUUAAUAUUGAUGACUGCUGGAGUGCAAAGGAGCGUGAUGAGAAUGGACGUCUCCAAGCUGACCCGAAACGAUUUCCAAGUGGAAUAAAGGCUUUAGCUGAUUAUGUUCACAAUAAAAGCCUGAAGCUAGGGAUCUACGGGGAUUUCGGGACGUUUACAUGUGGAGGUUAUCCGGGCAGUAAAUUCUACAUGCAGGAGGAUGCGGAAACCUUCGCCUCAUGGGGCAUUGAUAGUCUCAAGUUGGACGGUUGUUACACUAGCAGAGGAGACAUACCUGUAGGUUACCCCAUCAUGGAGAAGUUCCUGAAUUUGACAGGAAGGCCCAUUCUGUACUCGUGUAGCUGGCCUGCAUAUCUACCGAACCCAGAUUAUGAGGCCAUUGCUAAGAGCUGUAACAUAUGGCGGAACUAUGGAGACAUACAAGAUUCCUGGAGUAGCGUGGUGUCUAUCAUCAACUUCUAUGGCAAAGAUUCUGGUAACUUUAGCAGUGUAGCGGGACCUGGACAAUUCAACGAUCCAGACAUGCUUAUCCUAGGAGAUUUUGGGUUGAGUUACAACCAGCAGCAAGUUCAGAUGGCCAUGUGGUCUAUCCUAGCCGCACCUCUACUUAUGUCAAACGACCUUCGCAAGAUUAAGCGCGAUUCAAUAGCUUUACUGCAGAACAGGGGCGCCAUAUCAAUCAACCAGGACCCACUUGGAGUCCAGGGGAGACUAAUCAGCACGAAAGGGAAAAUUCAAUUUUGGAGUAAACCAAUAACACCAAAGGGAAAUUAUGCAUUUGCAGUAUUGAACCUUGCAGAUGGAGGGUCAGAAACACUGGUCCCCGUGAAUGGUGUCGCACUUGGAAUAUUGGACAACCGUGGCUACAACAUCAGUGACGCCUUUACUAACAAAUAUAUGGGUGCAAUCUACCCAAACAAAAACUUACCCCUGACCGUGCUGCCAUCUGGAGUUUUCCUUGGUAAAGCGUUUCUGCUACCCAAAGAACAGUGACACAUUCAACAGAUGUUGAUGCAUGUGUUAUUCUACUUAAUUGGUAUAAAUUGAAAUUGAUGAUUUUGAUCUUAUCUGUUACGUUUUGAGUAAGUGGUGUAUUUCUUGAUGUUAGGGAUGUAAACAAAUGUUACUACACAUUUAGCCCGAGUUUCCUCUGACCCUGACAUCAGACUUAGACAAUUUGACAGGUAGAUAUCUAAGUCUAAGUCUGGUGUCAGGGCCAGAGGAAAUUCAAGCUUCUACAUAUUAUAACCAGUUACAUGUAUUACAAUUAAUAUCAGGUCUGGACCAGAUAUGGGACUUUCAGAGGUAGAGAGUUUAUGAUUUUGUGUUUAGCUGUGAUUCUCAAUUAAAUACAUUUAAAGUGGUCACCAAAUUUGGGAAAAAUACAAGUUUGAAAUGGAUAACAUGCAACUUAAUUGGGUUCGAGAUAUGUUUGGUGAUGCCAUACCAAUCUGAUCUCUCAGAGUUAUCUCCCCUCAGCAAUCUAAUGUGUUUUUGAGUUAUAGAAAUCUUGAUACAACACAGUCCUGGGCCCGUAUUCAUGAAACCGUUCUCAUGCUCAAACUCAGAUUCUGUACUCAAGCCUAUUUUCUUGUUCCAGUGAUAAACUACUAACAAAAGAUAUUUUGUUAUGAUUUGGAAAAAAGAUUGCAGACAUUUCAAACCGAAUAUUGUUUUAAAGGUUUACACAAGAUCUUUUGACCGUGUCACAUGAUUUAAAUGCAUAAAAAGAAAGUUGGCUUUAGCACAGAAUCCAUACUUGAGCAAUAGAACGGUUUCAUGAAUACAGGCCCAGAACUUUAGCAAUGAUAAGUUAAGCUAUUAAUUAAGUUAUAUAAUGCUAUUGACUCAAAUCCUGAGAUAUGGCUAGAUUCUUUCAUUGUAGUUAUCUAUUUCCAGAGGUGUAUAAUACCCGUAGUUUUGAAAUAGUGAAUGAAUUAAGUGUUCAUGCAGUUUCUUCUUUUUUUUUAACACAAUCUUUAUCUUUCACUAAGUUUUCCAAGAAAAGUUUAUCUAAUAAAAGUUAAAUUUGAAACCAUGGAAAGCUCUGUAUAUCACUCACAUAUAGGUAGAACACAUACACUUACUAGGAAAAUAUAAAUUUGUACUUAUGUACUUUUCAUGAGAAUUUCUAUAAAGAGAAAUACAUUAUGCAUACAUAUUUAAUGUAUUUGCAGAUUCAUCACUUCAACAAUAAAGGUAUUUUCUUUUUCUUAUUUGUGAAGGAUGAAUCAGCAAUUACAAUGAGGGAGGGAUAGAUUUGUGAACAUUUGUUGACUAUAUUGUCUUAAAUGAGAAACCAUUCCAAUGAAACACUGACUACGGGACAUUUUCAUGGUCGUAAAUUUUUUGCCUUUUUCGCCCUCCGUAAUGAUGGUAAUUUUAUC